UCAUCCAAACAAAGAAACGUCAAAAUCAAAAAUCAUCGUCGUGCGGAUUUUCGAGUGCGUUUCGCUUAUUUUACAUUAAAUUGCUGCAAUUUGAAGUAAAAACAGUUGAAUUCUAGCUGUGCAUUCAUAAUAGUUGGUAUCCCGCUUGACAAUGAGUGCCAAAAACUCGGCCCUGGCAUCGUUGACGGCCACAUACACGGAUUCCGAAAAUGAAGACGACCACAAAUCGGACGACGGAUCGAUGAUGGCUUCGGAUGAUGAGAGUUCUUCCUCGCAGAACCGUGCACGUUCCCGACAGCAGACACCGAUGCGUGAUCCAUCAGAAUCCUCAAUCACACCACCCGUGGCAACUUUGGCCGUUUCGAAGCCAACAACUUCCGCAACGACUGCUAGUGGUUCCAAUGAGUCUUUCACUUCUCGACAGAAAGCCUUGCGCCUGGUUAGCUACUUCGACGACACGGUUGUCUCUGAUGACGAAAAUCUUUCCCCACAUCGGGAUCAGGAACGGAUGGACAUGUCCGAAGACGAAACUCCAGCAGCGGAAACUUCCGUGUCGCCAAAAAAGAUAGACAGGGCCAAAUUGUAUGGAUUCAGUUUGCCUCCGGAACCGAAAGGGAAAUGCUCACUGGAAUUGCAGGAAAAGAUAGCGAACCUUUACGAGAAAAUGCGCAACUCAAAUAUGGACACCAACAAGAUUAUCCAGGAGCGGAAAGAGUUUCGCAAUCCGAGCAUUUACGAGAAGCUGAUCCAAUUCUGCGACAUUAACGAGCUGGGGACAAAUUAUUCACCGGAAAUUUUCGAUCCCUCCCAGUGGGGCAAAGAGUCUUACUACGAAGAAUUGGCCAAAGCGCAAAAGCUUGAAAUGGAAAAGGUGGAAAAAGCCAGAAAGGAAAGUGCUAAGACCGAAAUUCAGGUCGGUGUCAAAAAGAUGGAUCCGGACGAUUCGAAGAAGCGCAAAUCGAAGUGGGAUCAGCCAGGAGUGUUGGGAGCUGCUCCAGGAGCUAUUGGCACGGCCACUGCCCUUAAACCGGCUGGAAUCAUAGCUCAAACGCUGACUGCAACAGCCACCGGAACGAAAGGGACCGUCAUAUCUGCGUUUGGUUCUUUGCCCAAGAAACCGAAGGUGUAGGAUUAAUGUGUUUGAGGUAAGCUGAACUUUAUGUUAUUUAUACUUUGUACAAUAAAUAGCUUUAAACAAGA